UGCGCAUGUCAAAAAUAUCAAAAAUGGCGACGAUCGGAAAAGUCACUGCUAGUACAAUUUGAGCAUUGCUAUUUAUUUUAUUAUUUUUUUUGUAUUAACACAAUCUAUAAUGUAAACUGCCUUUCGCUGUUGUGCCUUUGGCUCGAGCCUUAAUAACAAUAAAUACAUGAGAGUUACUGCUAGAUCUGUAGUCUAUAUGACUAUAUGAAUAGACUUGUGACUUGUGUUUAUCAAGUUUAUUUUUAUGUGCAUUUUAAUUUAUUUUAAGUCAUUUAAGACAUUUAAUUUAUUGUUAUUGGAAAUUUCAAGAAAAUUCACUUAUUAGUCUCAUUUGUGAUUUUUUUUACAACAUCGCGAAUACUUCAACUUCAAGUAAGGAAAGUGAUUGACUGUCCAGAAAAUAAAUUUAGAUUAACGUUUGUAUUUGUAUUGCGAUGAAUUCAUUGAAGGAAGUGUAAACUAAAACUGAAUUUUCGGACAUUAGGCUAAAUGAUUUUUUUUAUUUUCGCUCACCUUGAUUGGCUUGACCUUAAGAAUGAAGCAGUGUUAAAAUGCUGAUUUACUUCUGUGUUGGAAAAGUUUUGCUUUUGCACUAAGGAAAAAGGCUCAACCUAAAUAAAUAUACUUCUGAAUAACUUUCUCUUACCAAAGGAAGAUCAUUGUGUUACCUUUCGGCCUUAUAGAAAGAAAGUUACACUGACAUCAAAAUGUCUUUUCUGAGUAGCUUUCGGAAACUUUUCAAAUUUGGUGCAGAUGAUGAUGAUAAGAAAAAAGGACAGUGGAAUGUCAACAUAAAAAAAGAUGCUGAUCCUAAUCAGUUUUGGGAAAUUAUUGGUGAAAUUGGAGAAGGUGCCUUUGGAGCAGUUUAUAAGGCACGCAGGAAGGACAACAAUGAAUUAGCUGCCUUGAAGCAAGUAGAGAUAAAGAAUGAGGAAGACUUGGAAGAUUUUUCUGUAGAAAUCAAUAUUUUAGCAGAAUGCGCCCACAAGAACAUUGUUGGCCUCCAUGAGGCUUUCUUUUUUGAAAACAAAUUAUGGAUGUUUAUAGAGUAUUGCGGAGGUGGAGCUCUAGAUUCAAUCAUGGUAGAUCUAGAGAAACCUCUCACAGAGCCUAUGAUUCGUUAUGUUGCUCAUGAGAUGUGUGUAGCUCUGGCAUUUCUGCAUGAGCAUAAAGUCAUUCACAGAGAUAUCAAAGCUGGGAAUGUGCUCCUGACUCAAGAAGGAGAUGUUAAAUUAGCUGAUUUUGGUGUCUCAGCUAAAAAUACAAAAACAGCUCAACGCAGAGAUACAUUUAUAGGAACCCCUUACUGGAUGGCGCCUGAAGUUAUACUGUGUGAAACAUUAAAAGAUGUUCCUUAUGAUUACAAAGCUGAUAUAUGGUCUUUGGGUAUAACAAUGAUAGAAUUUGCUCAGAUAGAACCACCUAACAAAGAGAUGCAUCCCAUGAGAGUGCUGAUUAAAAUACAAAAGGCUGAACCACCAAACUUUGACAAACCUUCCAGAUGGUCCAAAGAUUUCAGAGACUUUGUGAGCAAGUGUUUGGUGAAGAACCCAGAACAGAGGGUAACAGCACAAGAGUUACUAGAGCAUCCGUUCAUUAAAGGAUAUCAAGACAAAAAGGCCAUCUUGGAUUUAAUAUGUGAAGCCAAAGCAGAAGUUGUCGAGAUUGUGGAGGAUUUGACUGAAGAAGAAGAUAUUUUGGCUAUUAAGAGAAACAUGAGCGCAGAUUCUCAGUCCAUUGAUUUGGAUAGCAUUUCCCUUGCUAGCGAUGAGAAAGACAAGGAUCAUAAUGAUGACUUGGAGCAUUCUAAAGGAACACUCUACAGGAUUGAUGAAAACAAAGUAGCUUCUGUAGAAAUCAAAGUUAGUGCUCCUGACAAAUCACCCAUGGCCACAAAGAAGAAGCAAGCCCCAUCUCCCCCUGAAGUCGUUAAUGUCACAACCAUGCCAUCUCCAGUGCCUAGUUCUGAAGCGGAAGAAAAACGCUCGACUGAUGAAGGCAUAGGGCUAAGUGGUGAUGAUAAAUCUCAGAGUUCAGACUCUAGUCAGCAGAGUGUUAGUCCAAUCAAACUGAGAGAAGAGGAGGACAAGAAAGAGGAUUUACCUGUUCCAGUUGUAAGCAUUCCUGCUAAUGGGGAAGAAGUGGUUUCAGAGAUUGUCUCUGACAUAAUUGAUGAUGUCCUCAAUAGCACAAUGCAGGAGCCUUCUGUUGCAAGUGUGGUUUUUGAUACAGUCAGGGAGUUUAUAGCCCCUGAGGAGUCCAAUGAAGGCAAAGAUAAUGAUGUGACUAUUCCGGAUGUAGUGGAAAAGCCAUCGGAAGGUCCUGUAGAUGUCCCAGUUGAAACGAAAGAUGAUGACAGGGUAACACCAAGUUUAGAAAAGAUUUCCGAACCCCCUUGCAUAAUACCAGUGGAACCAGUGAAAUCCUCUAAAGAGGCUGAUAUACAGCAAGAACAAGACAAACCAAUGACUGAACGAGGUACCAUCACUGUCAAUGGCUUUGUGGUCCCUCCGUUCAAAGAUGUGCCUGAAAAACAUUCCUCGAGCACCAGCCCGGAAAGGGAUACUAAAAUUAAUGAGCCACCCAGAGAUACUUCCAUUGGAGAAACUGCCAAGGUUCCCACCUCAAGUCUUGGCGUGCCUUCUAGUGUAGUCAUACCUGUGCCUCAAACAGACUUGGACACUUUUGAAACCAAGAUGAUAGAAGGGGUGUCCAAUGUUGACGAUGACUCUGACAAGAGGUCGGACUCUGGUAGUGUCAACACUUUGGACAGUGACAUGCAUGAGCAGGAUGAGGAUGGUGAGACAACACAUGUGCAGAGGAGACCCAAAAAGGGACAUAUCCGUGGGAGAAAUGAAAGCAAGAGCCACUACAGAACUAUUGCCAAAACUAGAACCUACAUGAAAGAUGGUCAAGUGGUCACUUCUACCAUCACUAAAGUGAUAGCCACUGGGGAGGAGAACAAAGUCAGGGAGGAACAUCUUCACAGAAAACAAGAUUUAAGAGAGCUGAAACUUCUACAGAAACAAGAGAACAAACAGAUUACAGACUUGGCUUACAAAAAUAAAUUGGCAUUAGAAGCUAAAGAAAGAAAGUUUGAAACAGACAAUGCUACUGCCAAGAAGACAUUUGACCAGGAGCUGGACAUGCUGACCAAACAACAGAAACAGCAGAUAGAGAAAGCUGAACAAUUGCAGCAGAAUGAUAUGAAGAAUGCUUCUAAGAAAAUCAAGGCUGAGCAGGAGAAAGAGCUGAAGAUGUUCAGGGAGAAACAGAAACAAGAGAUGAAACUGUUGAAACAGGAACUGGAAAUGUUGCCUAGAGACAGCAAGAAGGAAACAGCUCAGAAGAUAAGAGAGUCUAAACAGAUUGAAAUGGAAGAGAAAGAAAGACUGUUUAUGGAAAACCAGGCAGAGAGAUUAGAAAAGGCUAUGAGGCAACUGGCUGAUCAACAUAGACAAAAAAUAGCACUCCUUGAAAGCCAGUGUCUGCAACAGAAGCAGCAGUUAUAUAGAGCUCGUGAAGCCACUGUUUGGGAGAUGGAAAAGAGUCAGCUCCAUGAGAGACAUCAACUGAUGAAAACACAGCUUAAAGAUAUGUUCUUUGUCAAACGUCAUCAGAUGCUCACAAGACAUCAAAAAGAAAUGGAAAACUUGAAACGCUACAAUCAGACCAAAGAAGAUGAAAUGAUGAACAGGCACGCCUUAGAAAAACGAAGAUUACCCAAGAUUUUAAAGAGUGAAGCCAAGACUAGAGCUCAGAUGUUUAAACAGAGCCUCCGCUUGAGUGUUGUAGGAACACCAGAAGAUGAUAAAACAAAAAUUAAACAGUUUGAAGAGAGUGAGAAGAAACGAAUGAAGUCAGAACAACAGAGACAAGAAGAGAAACACAAGAGACAGUUGAAAGCAUUGCAGGACAAAAAUGAGGCGGCAGUUAAAGAACUAGAGCAGCUUCAGGCUGAAAAACGUAAGAUGUUGAUGGAGCAGGAGACACAAAAGAUCAAAGAACUAGAUGACCAGUUUAGUUCUGACAUGGCUCAGUGGAAGGCUUUACUUAUACCAAGGAAACAGGCCCUUGAAGAACAGUUCCAGAAAGAAACAGAAGAGCAGCAAUCAUUCUAUGCAGAUGUUGUGGAAGGGAACAUCCCAGCCUUGCCCAGUAUUCGGUCAAGCACAUCUACAGUUCGGAGCAAAGGAAAAGAUGGAUCCAAUUUCUCACGCCAUUCUACUGUAAUUUAAGCACAAGAGAAGGUUAUCAUUCAAUCAAAAUUAUCAUGUCACUUGUAAUUCAAACUGUUCCCAAACAAUAAUAUUAAUCCUGAAACAAAUUUUUUUUUUUUAAUCAUUUUGUAUUGGGAAGACAUUUCCUACUUGACAUACCAGAAACUUAGCAAUAUAAGCUGCCAUUUAUAUAUAUAUAUAUUAUCUGCAGAGCCUUUGUACACUAUCUACUUACUCAUUGAAUUAUCUGCAUUGUACAAUGGUUUAUUUUCAAUGUCAAUGUAUUGACUAGUUGGAUUGCAGUGCACUUCCAGAAACAAGAAGUUGUACUUUCCAUUCAGUUUCAGCUUUGUCUUCAUUUUGUUGUUGGCCUGGGGGGCCUCUAACUGGUAACACAGGUUCUUGUUGGCCUGGGGGGCCUCUAACUGGUAACACAGGUUCUUGUUGGUCUGGGCCUCUAACUGGUAACACAGGUUCUUGUUGGCCUGGGGGGCCUCUAACUGGUAACACAGGUUCUUGUUGGCCUGGGCCUCUAAAUGAUAACACAGGUUCUUGAGCUUCUCCAGUUUAACAUUUCUGUACAUUGUAGAAUUAAACUUGUUCUAAUUUUAAGUCAGGGACUAUCUUUUGGGGAUAACAGCACAGGUCUGAUUGACAUGAGCCACUUAGUAUUGUUGGAAGAUAUCUUUUUAUAUUUUAUAAAUAAUGAAUCAUUGUAUCCUAUUUAAUUUAACUUUGGCAGAAACUUUCAUCGGAAGUUCAAAUUUAUUAUGCCAUUAUGGUUAAACAGCCAUCACUGAAAUUUCUACUGGAGAUUUAUGGACAUAAUUAUUGUAUCUUCUCCUAACCUCUGAGCUGAAAGUAUAAGAGUUGAGCUGAAAGUAUAAGAGUUUUUAAUUUUUAUUCCUUGUAUUUGUCAAGUUUUGUGAUCAACAUUGCCCUCUUUUGUUUUUUAUUGAUAUGAAUAUAAAUACUUGUGCUUUGUCUUAUGAACUAUUAACUACAUUUUUUUAAAGUUAAUUGUUAAUCUAUUUGUAUUGGAAUACAUUACUAUAUGGGCUCUGUACGCUGUAUAUCUCUAUCUCUGAGCAUUUUGAACAUUAUUUUUUGACUGUUAUAUGUACUAGUUACACUGUAUUGAAUUAAUUUGUUAAAGAGUCAUGGGGUAAGUUUCAUUUGGGAAGACUUUACAAAUAAAAUCUAUAUUUAAAUACACUUUUUAAAAAAUUUAUGUGUUCCAUUAUGAAGUCAAAAAUGAUCAAUGCAAAUUUUUUUUUACUCGAAAUACUACUAUUUGAGUGUAAUGAGCUUUUGAAUAGAAUAUUUAUAUUGAUACCAUUUUAUGUCAUGUAAGAAUUAUUUCACUGAAUCAAGGCCAAUGUCUGUGGUAACAAAUGUUGUUUUAAAUGUACACUUAAUGAUGUUUAAUUUUCAUAAGUUCUCCUUCAAUAAAAUUAGAUCUACUCAUGUCAACUUUGAGCUCUGUUCAGUUAGUCUUUCAUUGAAUGCUGCUACUUUGUAUGCUUCAACUUAGCUGUAGAUAUACUGUGCAAAGUAGGAUUUUUUAUAUCAGUUUAGAUUAGUUGGCAGUAGUAUUUGUUCAUUUGAUAGGAUUAUUCUAUGGAAAUGUAUUCUUCAAAAUGUAAACUGGUGUCUUUACAAUGAAACAAUCAUUUUAUUGAUCAGUAAGAAAUGGAAGUAAGGCGUAAUUGUCUUCUUUUUAGAAGUAACGUCUGUAUUAGAUAAGAUAAGAUAAGACCACUUUAAGGCUGUAGUUGUUUGAAAAAGACAACUCACCUUGCUAUUCAAAGUGUGUCUGUUGCUACUUGUAAUAUUUGAUAUUAAAAUGUACAGCCCUAUUUAUUGUGUUCUUUAAGCUGACCAUUUCAAACUUAAUUUGAAAAGUUUGUACGUGUCUCAUUAGUAGUGAUGGAGUUUCAGUUCUUGCCAAAUUUUAGUUGAUUUCAUUUGAUAACAAAAUGUAGACAUAGACUGUAGUUGUAGUAGUCCAGCUGACACUAAUCAAGUUUAUGUAAAUAUUUUUUUUGUUACAGCGUAGCUUACAAACACAAACAUGUAUAAAUAACCCAGCCACUACAAUGUUGUACUAGUCUGUCUGACUGGUGGCGUUUGUUUUUCAAUCUUAUGAUGGAACAUAAGAUCCUAGCCCCUCAAUGCACAUUCCCUAUGUGGUUUAGCUGGAAGUGAGGCCUUUCCAUUAUGAAAGAAAUGUCUUUGAGAGUUGUAUGUGUAUAUUUUGUGAAAUAUAGUUCUCUAUAAAUAUGUAUAUCAUUGUUCAACUCUUCUGACAUGGCACCUAAUGACAGGCUGGCGCUGUCCUGGGAGAAGUCAUAUUUUCAUUCAUUGCUUUGACCUUGUUUCUAUCUUGUCCCAUAAUGCUCGCUGUGGAUUUGUUGUUGACAUAAUACUGUGAAAUCUCCACUCUUAGCACAUUGUGGCAGGAAGCCAGCCAUUUCUAUGUAUCAAGAAGUUUGUGUUUUGUAUUUGGAGCUCAUGCUCCUUCUGUGGCUUCCAGACUUGUGUAUUUUCAGUUAGCCAGGAAACCAGUUGGCUGAUAUAAUCAUACAGGGUCACCUUUGGGUGGGAUAAAAUGAUAAUGAGGUGCAAAUGUAUUUUUUUUUUUUACAUAUUAUUUUCUUUUUUUUUUGAAAAGCUUAUGUGUGUGUGUAAAUGUGAAUAUUUUAUUAAUGGCAUCUCUAAGUAUUUUUAUGUUUAUUGUCUAAACAGUUCUUGUGAUUUUUCACUUAAUGUCAUGUGAUCAUUUCAUAGCCAAUACAUUUCAUUUCUAAAUACUCUUAGCCCAAACAAUGAAAGCUGAGGAGUGUUUGGAAUGUUGGCAUGCCCAUAAAGGACAAAGGAAACUUGUGGACUAACAGCUCAUUUUGAAUAUUUCAUGCCAAUAAAGGACAACGGAAACUCAUGGACUUAACUAACCAAAACUUUCUUGAGUUGAAAGGAUAUUGUUGAUGAAAAUAUACCAGCUAAAUAUAGAAUGCCCAAUAGAACCUUUUGCUCUCAUCAGCGCUAACAUUUUCCACCCAGGAAUGUUGGAUUUCUUAUAAUGUUAGUGAUUCAGAAAUUAAUUUUUUGGUAAUAUCACUAUCACGUUAGAUAUAACAUUUUUACAGGAGUUGAUGGAAAUUCUGCUUUCAGUUGCUUUUAAGAAAUGACAUGUUGUAUCUCUUAUUUGUAGGUUUAAUUUAUUCACAUUUUUCAGUGACACAUUAGUACUUCAUUUAAUACAAAGACCAAUUGGAAAUACUAUUUCUUUUCUUUCUAAAUUUUAAGAAACAAAUUUAGUAGUCAGUGUGUUGUGCUUAUAAAAACGUGCAUAAUCUUAAAGUAAUUGAAUCUGGGUUUAAUUUGGGAAUGUAAUUGUAGGUUUGGUCAAGUAGAACUUGUACUUGAGGUGUCUGUUGAACACUUCAUGACUUGUUAAGCUUCAAUUGUCUUAUAGACCUUCAAGUCUUUUGUCUCUUUUUUUUUUUUAAUUCUAAUUUUAUGAAUAUUAUUACUCUUUAUUAUUUUGUAUUUUUGUGUCUUACAUGAUGCAAAGAAAUAGAAAAUCUUAAAAAAACAAUUUAUUUAUGACUAUAUAUCAAACCAAUGUGUAACUAUUAUUCAAGAAAUGUUCUGCCUUCACUGGAAUGUGUCAACUAGUGCUCCAUGGACCUUGAUGUAUUUACUGUCUGAACACCACUGAAAGCCUUCACGUCUGCUCACCUAGACCAUUUCCUGAUUUGCACAGUUCUCUUGCUUGAUGCUGUCAAACUUAUUUAUAAAGAGAAUACCUAUUGUAGAAAUGUAUUAUUAUAUGUAUUUUGUUUUUGUUAUGUUCUUUGUCAUUACUGUAAGACUGCUAUUUUUAUGAAUCUUGUCAUUUUUUAGACUUUGCUUUAAGGAAAGCACUCUUUGUUCUAGAAAAAAGCUUGGAAGAAAGCUUUUUGUUUUUUAUAUGUAGAAUAAUUUUAUUGACUUGGUUAAUUUUAAGUUGUUUUGUGCUUUAGUUGCUGUGUUGUUUUUUUUUCUCUAUUGUUCAUCAUCGUUUUUUUUUGUUCUGUUUUUUUUUUGUAUCACAUUUUAUAUAAACUUUUUUUUUAAUGAAGAAACAAAAUAAAUUGACUGGAAUUAAAACAAAACUGCAUCUGUGAGCCAGACUUUGAACUAGUUGUAUUGAAAUUCAUAAUGUGUCAGUGUUGGGCUGAAUGGCCAAGUCUCUAAUUCAGUCAUCUUUCUGUCUGCAUUGUGUUUUAAUCAAACAUUUGAUUUGUCUGCUUUGUGCUUGAUUAGCCCAACUUGUAAAUGGAUCAGUGUCAGUGAUUGAAACACUUUGAGUUUUCUCUACUAGUAUUUAUUUCUGUUUCACUAUGAUACUGUGAACUAUUAAACAUCUGUUAAAGAAUCUAA